AUGGAUAAAAUCUCCAUCUUUCGGGCCCUCCCAAGCCCGAAAUCCGCACCGUACAAAUCAACCCUGACCGAUCCAGACACGGAAAACAAACACUUGCCCAAAACCGACCUUAUAAUCUUCGGCGCAUUCUCAAACCAUUCCGUAAUUUUAUCCAUACCAUUUAAUUUGUAUUUUAUCUCAUCGGCUAUGGCCCGGGCCGCCAAGAAAAACCCAUCCGGCCCGAUAAGCUCAUGGUGCCGGAUUUCGGAAGCCCGCCCGAUAAGCAGUUGCCGAAACGGGCCCGAAUAUCGGCUGCAAACAAAAAAAAUUCCAUCUCAUCAUCAUUUACUCUGUUUUCGUUUUCCUCGCGGGUCGAAAGUAAUUUCGCAAGACACGUCCAAACGUAAGCCGAAGUCACGACAAAAGACGAUGGGUGGGAAAAGCUCGGAAAAUUCGGCAACCACUAAAUCCUUGAGUUUCUUGAAUCGGGCUCGGUCGAGAACGAAAGUCGCCCGAACCCUGUUCGGGAAAAGUCGACGACGAACCGAACGGAACGCAUUUCAUGUUGUUCCAAUAAAUCGAAUCCAAUCCCUGUGGGACCUUGAUGAGGUCCCUCUCGAAAACCGGACGAGAAUUUGGAACUACUCCGAGUUUGGCCCAAUCCCGAAUAAAGCCCACGAUCGAGGUGGCAUCGCCGAUCGUGUGGUGGUUGGCUCGGCCUGGGAAAAGUGGAGAAGGGUGCCGUCGGGCAAUGUGACGGUCGGCGGGAGCCGAGGGGCGUAA